AUGGCAGUUGAUAUGGUUGCAGAGACGGGUACUUUCAGGGUGAAGUCAGGGUUGGCGCAGAUGCUGAAGGGCGGCGUGAUUAUGGACGUCGUGACCGCAGAGCAUGCGAAGAUUGCGGAGGACGCGGGGGCUGUCGCGGUGAUGGCGCUGGAGCGCGUACCUUCCGACAUUCGGAGCGCGGGUGGUGUCGCGCGGAUGUCGGACCCGUCCAUGAUUGCGGAGAUUAUAGACGCGGUAACGAUUCCGGUGAUGGCGAAGGCGCGCAUCGGUCAUUUCGUGGAGGCUCAGAUUCUUGAGGCGCUUGGCGUGGACUACGUAGACGAGUCCGAGGUGCUGACGCCCGCCGACGAGAACAAUCACAUCAACAAGCACGACUUCAGCGUGCCUUUCGUGUGCGGCUGUCGCGACCUUGGAGAGGCUCUGCGCCGCAUCGGUGAGGGCGCGGCGAUGAUUCGCACCAAGGGCGAGGCCGGCACGGGCAACAUUGUGGAAGCGGUCCGCCAUGCGCGCCAGGUGAUAGGCGAGAUUCGCCGCAUCCAGAAUAUGACCGGCGACGAGCUUAUGGCGACAGCAAGAGACCUGCGCGCUCCAUACGAACUUGUGCGAGAGAUUCACGAGACGGGCAAUUUGCCUGUGGUCAACUUUGCGGCGGGCGGAAUCGCUUCACCCGCGGAUGCGGCGCUGAUGAUGCAGCUUGGCGUUGACGGCGUGUUCGUCGGUUCAGGCAUAUUCAAGUCCGAAUACCCGCAGAUAAUGGCGGAAGCCAUCGUGAAGGCGACCACGCACUACAACGACCCGCAGAUUCUGGCGGAGGUGUCCAGAGGAUUGGGCGUGGCGAUGCCAGGCCUGGAUAUUCGCACCAUGCCCGAAGAGGAGCAGCUUGCGACGCGAGGCUGGUAA